AUGGCUUCAUCUUCAAAUGUUCAACGCAAGGCAUCAUCGUCACAUCAAGUUCAACAAAAGAAAUAUGCAAAUCUUCCUUUGAAGUCUUGUUCGAUUACUUAUGAUGAACUGGAGGUUCUCUGCGAAACAAUGGUGGAUUUUGAAAAUCUCAUGGCACAUAAUUUCAAAACCAAAACUGCAAUGCUAGUACAAAAUUCUUCUGAACUUCCCCCUCAGAAAAAGCCUCCUCCUUCUGUUAUUCCAUCCUCUUCCACAACCACAAACAGAAACCGUCCACUUCUUUCUACACCAGUUCUAAACCCUCAACCACUAAAUGCUAUCUCAACCACCUCCAUCGCAGGCUCUUCAUCCUCCUUAUCCUCUUCUACUAUCCCUGUCAGAACAGGGUUGGAUACUCUGAAAGCUGCUCAUGACUCCAAGAUGGAUCAUGUUGCUACUGGUAAGUUGUGGAAAAUCUUUGAGAAGGAUAUUCAGAUUUAUUUUCUGAACAUCCAGAAGAGAUGCUUGGCUGAUGCAUUUGGAUCUUCUGGCUACUUUUUGGAGUUAGAUGAUGGUUGUCCUGUGAUGGAGGAAGUUCAGAGAAGUUUAAAUUCCAUUUCUCCUUUUCUGUCUAAGACUUAUAUGAUGGUUAGUGAUCCUUCCACUAAUGCCAUUGUUUCAUGGAGUUCUACUAGUCGGAGUUUCGUUGUUUGGAAUCAACCUGAUUUUUCAAAGAAUUUGUUGCCUAAAUUCUUUAAGCAUAAUAACUUCUCGAGUUUCGUAAGACAGCUUAACACCUAUGGCUUUAGAAAGGUUGGUCAUGAACAAUGGGAAUUUGCAAAUGAAGAUUUUGUAAGAGAUCAACCACAUCGUUUGAAGAAAAUCCACAGGCGCAAAGCAGUUUUUAGCCAUUCGCGUAAUGCUAAUGGCCAACGGGCGGCUGGUGCUGCUCCAUUAACAGAAUCAGAACGUCGGAAUUAUAAAGCUCAGAUAGAAAAACUUAGACAGGAAAAAGAACAACUGCUGAUCGAACGUCAGAAGCAAGAAGAGGAAUGGAAACAGAAUGAGAUGCAGUUGCAUUACUCGAAGGAUCGUUUGCAACAGCUGGAGCUGAAUCAACAAAGUUUGCUCGCUUCUGUUGGUCAAGUGCUGCAGAAAUCGGCGGAGGAUGCAAGUCUUCAGCCACUGUCGGGAGACACUGGCAGAAAACGAAGUUAUCUGCCAAAUGCUCCCUUUAAUGAUUUAUCUAGCAUUGAAACUCGGAAGGAGACUUCUCCUGAGUUAGCUAGAGAGAACGCUGAGAGUAUGAACGUUCUCUCUGUAAACAUGGAACGAUUGGAUCUGCUCGAAUCAUCGUUGUCGUUUUGGGAGAAUUUUGUAAAGGAAGUUCGCGACACAUCUUAUGAAACUCGUUCGAACUUAGACUUUGAUGAUUCGAUGAAUCGUGCUCAUAGUCCCGUAAUGUCUGGUGUGCAAAUAGGCUUUGAAGAUCAGCCCGAGUCAUCAGGAAACGAAAUAAACUCGCUGUUAGAUAUAGUCGAUAUUCCUGAUCUCGAUCCUCUUGAACUUGACCUGGACGAUAUCUUUGUUCGUGAUCCUGUUGCACCCGAGCCAGCUGUUAUCGCGGUUCCUGAUCCCGAUCCUGUUGCACCUGGGACAGAUGUUAUCGUGGUUCCUGAUUCCCCUGCACCUGAGCCGGCUGUUACCGCGGUUCCUGAUUUGGUUGCACCUGAGCCACCUGUUAUCAUGGUUCCUGAUUCCCCUGCACCAGAGCCGGCGGUUACAGUAAUUCCUGACUCUGCUGCACCGAACGAACAGCCUGUUGAAACAAUCCUGGGUACUAAUGAAUUUAAUAUACCAUUUUGGCAAAAACUCUUGAUGGAAAAUCCUGAUGAGGAUGAAUCAGAAAGUGCUUCUGAACUUAGCAAAUAUUGCUGGAGCCGGAGGAGUCUUAAGCCCCGUCAAAUUGAUAAAGCAGGGAAAGCUUAGAUGAAAUAGAUUAUUCCUUUCGGCUUUUGUUUCUCCCAAAUUACAUGUAAUAAUUUUAGAUAUAUGCAUUGUUGGCUCUGCUAUAUAUGCAUUGUUCGAAGCUGCGAUCUCGACGCCGAGACUUCAAAUACUAUGAGAAUAUCUUUUGUGUUUUUGCAUGGCUGCAAUGUUUUUUUUGUAAGAAUAAAAUCUAUGUUAGAUUGCU